AUGCCGAGCCGUGGCCGUCCCUGUGGCUGCGGUCCAGGCCCCAGUGUGGAAGGCGGCAAGUGGUAUGGGGUCCGCUCCUACUUGCACCUCUUCUCCGAGGACUGUGCAGGGGCCGCCCUCAGAGACGACCCCGAGGGGCCUUCUAUUCUGUGUCCCCGUCGACUCUGGCCCUUAGUGUGCUGGAAGUUCUGCCUGUUCUUGGGGACCCUGCUUCUGAUCAUGGGCGUGGCGGCCCUGGCUACUGGCUAUACCGUGGCCCCCAAGCUGGAGGGCAUCGGAGAGGGUGAGCUCGUGGUGCUGGACCAGUGGGCGGCCGACUACAACCGGGCUCUGGGCACCUGCCGCCUGGCGGGCACGGUACUCUGCACGGCAGCCGCGCUCCUGCUGGCCAUCUGCCUGUUCUCGGCCGUGACCGGCUGGCUGAGCCAGCACACCGAGGCGGAGCCUUUGGAGGCCGAGGUGGACAGCCACGCGGAGGUCUCCGGGGACGAGCCAGAGCAGCAGCAGCUCUCCCCCAUCUUCUGUGAUGCCGACGGCCACCCUUGGUUCUCACCGCCCGCCAGGGCCUUCAGGCAGUCCUCCGUACAGGCCACCCAGCCCAAGUGGAGCUUUUGA